AUGCGCUCUGGCUUUGACUGCUCUUCUGCCAGCCUUUGCGGCUGCAAUACCUUCCCCCCUUCUGUCACAAUUGAUGCUGGCGCAGUCCAAGGAGGAAGAUGCGAAAAUGGAAAAAAUGCUGUCUUCUACAAGGCAAUUCCCUUUGCUGAGCCUCCUGUUAAUGAACUGCGCUUCGAGCCCCCCAAAGCAUACAAGAAGCAAUACUCCCAGGGUAAACUGGAUGCAACAACUUCGGCCCCAACCUGCAUUCAAUUCUCAGAUGACUUCACCGAACAAAAAUUGAACACAUCUGCACUUUCAUCUGAAGACUGCCUUUACUUGGAUAUUUGGGCACCGUCUAAUGCUACUAAAGACUCAAAGCUUCCAGUCAAGGUCUGGGUCUACGGUGGCUCGGAAACAGAGGGCUCCAUCUCGGACCCCUUGUACGAUGGCUGUAACACGGCAGAGGCAGGCUCGAUUCUCGUCUCAGUAAACUACAGACUUGGUCCCCUUGGAUUCAUGGCCCUUGAAACUGCCGGAAUUUACGGUAACCAGGGAAUUCAGGACUUGAUUCUGGGGUUAGAGUGGGUUCGCGACAACAUCGCGGCCUUUGGUGGAGACCCGAAAAAGGUGCUUCUCUUCGGCCAAUCAGCAGGUGCUGAGAAUGUAUACAUCAUUGGUUCUCUUCCCCAGGCGCCUUCUCUGAUCAACGGUGUCAUCGCGGAAUCGGGUGGUGGUAGGAGUGUGUCCUCAAACUCGACUCAGCAAGAAAUGGGCGCAUCAUUUGCUCGAACUCUCAAAUGCAGCUCUAGUGAUUCUAAGACAAUUUCUGACUUUUAUGCCGCAUACCCAGCCGAUGCUUUCUUGACUCAGGGAAUCGGAUACUACGGUGAUGGAUCUCUCAGUAUCCUUAGUAAGGGAACUCAUAAUUUCUACCCCUAUGUGGACGGCAAUGUCAUCGCCGAAGACCCCUACGAUCGCGGAGUACAAGUGCCAACUGUAUUUGGAUCCAAUUCGAAUGAAGCUAUUGUUUAUACUUUACAAUGGGCCAGUAAAUCCAACCAAAUUCCGACGACAUCAAUAUACAAAGAUUUUCUUCGCCACAACUUCGGCAAUGCCGCCUCGCUUGUUGGAAAGGCCUACUUGCCAUCUCUAUUCGAAUCGGAGGCUAAGGCUAUCUUUACAGCUUCGAGUCAAUUUGCUCAGAUUGGCUACAACACGACCGCACUCGAAGUACUUUUGGCAAUGACGCAGGUCAUAACCGAUUCUACCUAUAGGUGUCCGGCAUGGUACGGUGCAGCGCAGGCCAGUCGCAAAGGCAUUCCCACUUGGACGUAUGAAUUUUCCCACAGUCCAACGUGCGCUUGGCUAUACACAAUAGAUGCUACCGAUGUUGGCUUUUUCGGCGGCGCUCACACAGCUGAAAUUCCCUUUGUCUUUGGAAAUCUGGACAAUUCAUAUCUCCCCAAUGGAACUUGCAAUUCCACAUCCGAUGAAUGGCAUCUCGGAAGCCAGAUGAUGGAUUUAUGGACUGCAAUGGCAGAAAAUGGUGAGCCAUCAACAAAGGGGAUUGAGUGGCCGCGAUUCCAGACCCAAGGGAAGAACCUGUCGACUCCAGGCUUGAUUUUUGAGAACUCUACUGUGUCUGGUACCAUUGAUUACACCGGAUGCGAUCUGUGGAUUCAAGUCAAUGCGAUGCUGUCAGCAAGCAAUACUACAGCCUCGGGAACACCGACAACGGUAUCUGGUGGCUCGACGUCUUCGCCAUCUUCCACUCAAUUUAAUGGCGCGACGACCCUUCUGUCUAAAACCGAGGGAUACCUUGCUUUGAGUGUGCUGCUCAUGGGACUGGCUGCACUUUGA